AGCGCCAGGGGCUGUGCCAUGUGCGCCCUCCACAACUACCUCUUCCUGGCCGGGGGCAUUGCGGCGGGGCCGGCAGGCGGCGAGUCCCGUGCCCGCCUCUCUGACAAGGUCUUCUGCUACAACCCUCUCACUGACACCUGGAGCCAGGUGCGCCCGUUGGCCCAGCCCCGCUCGCAGCUGAAGCUCCUGGCCCUGGAUGGCUACCUGUACGCCGUGGGCGGUGAGUGCCUCUUCACCGUGGAGAGGUAUGACCCACGGGCCGACCGCUGGAGCCCUGUGGCACCCCUGCCCAAGGGCGCCUUUGCUGUGGCCCACGAGGCCACCACCUGCAACGGGGAGAUCUACGUGUCGGGGGGGUCCCUCUUCUACCGCCUGCUCAAGUACGACCCCAAGCGUGACGAGUGGCAGGAGUGCCCUUACAACAGCAGCCGCCGCCGCUCCGCUGAUAUGGUGGCCUUCAAGAACUUCAUCUACCGCUUCGAUGUGAACAGCAGCCGUGGGGGCGAGCAAGGCCCAGGCGGCGGGACUGGCGGGGGCGUUGAGGUCUUCCGCUACAACACAGUGGCCAAGCGCUGGAGCCAGUGUGCCAGCCUGCGGCCCAGCAGCUGCCCCAUCCAGCCCUUCCGCUGUGCCGCCUUGGGCAACACCAUCUACUGCGUCAACCGGACCGGCACCCUCCGCUUCAGCCUGGCCCAGGACGGCGAGGUGGAAGUGGAUGGCGGGCUCAAGGGCACCUUUGACGGGGAGCUUCUCAAAGCUCCCUUAGAUGCCAAGGGUGUCCUCCUCCCCUUUGUGCUCACCCUGCCCGAGAAGCCAGACAAAGUGGGGGACCCGGAGGACCCCCUCCCUAUGUGAGGUGGCCAGCCUGGCUUGUGCCUCCCAAGCAGGGAGCUGGAUUGUAGCUCUGAGGGACCCACAGACUCCGUACCGCAGAGGGGACCCUCUCUGGGAUGUCAACAGAGAAAAGGGUCUCCCCCUUGGCUCUUCUCCCCUCCCAAGAUGUUGGUCUGGAGCCACUUGGUGGUUGUAACUCUUUGCUCAUUUGCUGUGCUAUGUGUGAAAAGCCAAGCAAAUGAAAGGAAAAGCUGCUAUAAAGGGUCAUCUCUGGAUUAUGUUUGUGCCAAUUCCCAACCUUGGAGAACUUUUUUACACAUGGAUUUCUAAAAAUUCCUGACCACAGUGUCGUAACAGGACAUUACUGAUAGUGUUGGUUGUGUGUAUGCGCAUAGUUGCAAUGUAGGCAGGAGCCUUUUCUGCCACUUGUUUUCUCUGCUGGAUAAUACUGAGUGAUAAGCACUGCUGGCAAUGUAGCUUAACUGAAGUUGUUUUUAUGUUAAGCCAAUUGUUUCCUAUGUUAGAAAAGUAUAGAAAGAUCAUCUGAAUCCCAGCCUUUCAUUUUUGGUGCAAUAGAUUCUUUAAGGAAGACAUGACACUGUGUGGUACCAGGAAUUUCAACCGCAAUGAAUGAUUUAACAGAUACCUGACUUAAAAGUUUUAGGCAACACAAAUGUGUGCCACAUGUUGAUAUUUGGAAUUUAAAAAAAAAAGGGCAAGUUACCUUUCUAAAAUGUGGCAAGUUAUAGCAGAUAUGAAAUGUUCAUAUGUUCUUUAUCUGAAAAAGGCAAUGAUUUCUGUAUGAAAAGACAAUGCUUUAUUAUUUUUUUUAUCAGAGGUUUUAAAUUAUGACAAAAAUGAACUGAAGCUGUUCAGACUGUAACAGAUUUACCUGACACCAUGUAUGCCACUAGAGUUGGGGGAAAAAUUUUGUAGUUCAACUGCUCUUUAAUUAACUGCAGGUGAACGAAAUUAACGUAAACCAAAUGUAAAUUUUGUGAAAUUGACUGCAGACAGCGUAAAUGUUUCACUGUGUGUUCAGUAUCCUGUGGCAAGAGACUUUUCCAACUUAGUGCAAGACCGUCAAAGGAGGACAUGGAAAACAGGAAUGUGCUAUACAUGUUGAUUGAUAUUCUACUCUAGCAUGAUGUUGUUUCCCUAUCUUUUGAUUGAGAGAUUGCUUUAUUUAUUUCGAUCUAAUGAUUGCUGUAAUUAAUAAGUACUCAGCAAUUACAGUACUACAUGCUGAUGACAUAUGCUAUCAUUUGGAUUUUGAAACUUUAGAGAAUAUUGUUUAUGGAGCAGCGUCCUGACAAGAUGAAAUGAUACAAAGGUUCUGCCUGCCUGUGGAAAGUUGGAGCAUACUUUUUGUCAAGUUACUCAGAACUGGAAAAGUAAACUGUCCACACAGACAUACAAUAUUAAAAAGGGCACUUGCAUUUAUUUCACAUGUUUUAUAUAUAUAAAAAAAAAAGACAAGGCAAAUGUUUUAGCUUUACAGUAAAUCACUGAGAAACUUUUUCUUAAAACAGAAUCAGUGUUUUUACUAUUGGUUAUUCAGCCUGGAAUUGGCACAAACUAUGGAAGGGAAUUGUUUAUACUCAAAAUUCUAGUAUAGAUUCAUAGUCUGGAAAGACAUAGGGUUCUUACAUCAAAGAACAGCGGUUCUUUUUAUGUUUUGUUAAGAUAUUUCAGUUAAAGAGAAUAUUAACGUUCUUAUAUCCUAUUGCUAGUUCCAAAAGAAGGCAGCAGGCUCUGUCCUCAGGGACAGCAUCUUCACAGAAAGAAUAGUUAAGUUCAUAAAUAUUUCUUUACUUCCCUUUUGUUCUUUGUUUUUUUUUCCCCCCCUCUCUCCCUUCUACCUUGUGCAGUGCUUUAAAACAGUUGGUCUGAUUAGCCAUGCUCUAGAAUACAGUGGUCCAGUCCUAAAAGUUCUUAGCCAAGUAAGCCUACUCCCUAGUGAGCUAAUUGAAAGCGUCACCCAGAUAGGAGCUCUAGGACUGCAGAGUGUGACGUUUAUCUUAGCCUGAGUACAGAGUUGUGCAGGAGUAUUUAGUUCCACAGAUGGCAUAUUUGUUGAGGAUACACAAAGAAAUUAAUUUUUUAUUUUCUGAAUGAUAAACUUAAUUCUCAGAUAGGAAUCCUUGGACUUGUUGACUGUUAAUUAAGUUACAAUGUUGUAGCUUGAGCAGGAAAGAAAAAUGAUGCAUUUGCUUUCAGCGUCAUUUUUCAUGAAACUGUAGAAAGUUCUGUAGUAAAACACUUAGGUGCAUACUUAAACUCAAGGCAUAAGUACUAAACCGGAUUUUGAUUUAGUAGAGACACAAGAGGUACACAGUGAAAUGUCUGUCUUAUCUUACAGUACAAUUUCUUAUUUCAAAAUAUUUUGUGGUAUAUUUUUUUGUACUACAGUAUAAUGAGGAGUCAAGCCAGUUUUGCAUUUUCAUUCCUACUAAUGCAUGAAAAUGCUGCCAGAUGAGUUUUGGGAAGUUGCUGUGAUUUAAGCUGCGAAAAUAUGCCACAGACUUUCAGGAAAGAAUGAAAUCUUUCCUUGCUUCCAAUAUUUGUUGCUGUUUAUCGUGAGGAAAUAUAUUUGGAAAUAAUCUUUACAACAAUAAACUUCUGCAAACCUGCGAUGGUAUUUUUGUUAGCUUAUAUCAUUAGGAAAGGCUGUAUCAAGUGCUUACCCACUUUCAUUGUUUACACAGUCUAAGUGAGAGCAGAAUCUGGUCUUCAUUAGUAGCUGUCAAUCAAACCUAUUUCCUUUAUAUGCUCUUUGCAUAAUCACAGCUUGACAACUGACAACAGAAGUGCAUUUCUAGCUGGAUUUCCUGUUCUAUGGCCUUUGUUGCCUCCCUCCUAAGCCUGAGGCAGGUUUGCUGUGGAUUGUCCUCCCUCUCUCUUCCCCCCCCCAGUUUACUGUUCCAAGUAAAGCGCAGGUCCAAAAAAGUAAUUAGGUGCUAAAAACAGGAUUAAGUAGAUUUUAGGCAUUGAGGACCAAAACAGUCACCCCAGAACUCUCCAGUUUAAGUUAAACUGAGUAAGUACCAUCCCUUUGACCUGCAGAGGUGCUAGGUAGUUCCUCUCCACACAUUCAGACCUGCUCCAGUCUGAGCAGUUACGCACCUACCAGGCUCUUGCCUAAACUUCUUUGAAGUUUACAUGAUGUGAUGCCCCAAGCCGCUGGUUCAGUAUGUUAUCUGACAUAAACUAAAGUGCCCGCUCAUCCUUAAAAGGUAUUUGCAUAUGUUUUGCUUUUGCUUUUAUGUAAUAGACCGAAGGCUAGAGUAUUUGCAUGGGAAGAGGGAGAUGCAUGCUUGCUUUCUCAGCCUGCAAGGAUUCAAUCCACAUCCCCCACCAUCUGAUUGGUAAUGGACUGGAGGAUUUUUGGAUGCUAAUCCCCGAUCUCUGAAAUGUGUAUGCAUUUUGUAUUAUACAAUCAUUAGCUAAAAAAUCUCAGCAAUGAUCCAGGUAGCAGAAUACAAGUCCUCAUCUUCACUGAGUGAUCUGAGGCUAGUUGGAGAGACAUACUCCUUGCUGUCUUUCUUCUCCAUUAGUCUUGCAGUUCCCUUCUCUUAUUUUUAACAGGAAAUGAAAGAGCCUAAUUUGUUUUUCUUCUUCCUCCCUAGAAUACUCCUGUUAAGGUCAUCUGCUAAGGGACAUAGGUUUGAAUUUCCUUGAGCUGCGUAGGGACUGAACUCGGGCCUCCCACUUCAUGUGUAUGUAUUCUUAACUCUAGAUGACUUUGGAAGAAGAGCAAAGGAACCACCCCCUAUAGCCCAUUUUUAAGGAAAAAGCUCAUGCAAAUCUUUCAAAAACACACAUAGGCUCCUGCAAUCUCAGUUCCAGGUAAAUUCCAGGCUCUAGCUCCUGCAUGUGUAAAGGUGCGUUUGCAUCAGAUGUCAGUGCAGUUGUGCAAGUUUCCUUCUUUAGAGAGCUUUCCAGACUCUAUUUUUUGCUGUGCCUGUCUGAGGUGACUGACUGCAUGUAUUGUGCUGGGCGGCUAAGCAUGAAGUUUGGGUUCUUCUCAGGGGCGUGAACCUUGGUAAAGAGGCCCUGCAGUGCCUAACAUGGAAAUGCCUAAAGCUAUCACUGCAUCUAAACUGCAUCAAGUCCCUGCUUGAACAGAAAAAACAGGCCCUCUUAGCAAAUGCUAAUAGCAGAGAGAAAUUUACUAUUUCCAUCUGUUAACUGGUUCAAUGAAAAGAAUAUCUAUUGCAGCAAAGGCAUUUGUACGAAUUCUCUUUGCACCUGGAAAUCAAAUCAAAGGAAUAAUUGGCUAAAGAAUAACCCUAUUUGAUCAAAAUGGGCACUGUUAAGCAAACAUGGGAAGGAUGCUAAUCAUACCCUAUUAAUGAAUAAAAUGGUGCAGUAGCUGAUGUAAAUUUUGUCCACACACGCAAAAGGAAAAAAAAAAAUCCUUGUAAAUAAGUACUUGGUAGAAUUUCAGAGGAUAAAAGAAUAAACUAUUCACAUGAAAG